AAUCAAUCGCUCCGAAACGCAAAUGUCUGACGCUGUAAACUCGAAAAGAGAAUGAUAAAUUUGACUUACACACUUUUCUGUAUAAUAAAAAACGUAUAGAGUCCUCAAUUCGCAUAUAAUUGUAAAGAAUUCCGUGUCGAAUAUAAUGAUGAAUAUACUAAUUCGCAUGAAUGUUAUUAGGAUUAUCGACCUUAAAGCUCGUCGCCGUGCGCUUUUCCUCCUGACUUCCCGUGGGCUGUAGAUGCGUAUAAGAAGAUGUCGAAUCAAGGCUUUGUCGUCGCAGAAUUCCCGGAUGGUAUUCAAGUAAUACCAAAAAUUUGGUUGCAAAAUAAAGAUGAAUGCAAAUAUCCCUCGCAUUUUAAGACGGAUAUAAAAAUCCGAAAAGCGGUAGAGAAACAGGAGAUACCAAAGUUUGAUUGGCCCGCAUUAGAAGUUAUAAGAAUUUUUGGCGAAUAUUCGUCCUUACAGAAGGCUUAUGCGAAGGCAGAGAAAGCUUUAUACACGUCAGAUAUGGACACGGAAAAGGAAGCAAAAUAUUACCGAAAACAUAGAGCGAGAAAAAUUUACUCUUCGUCGGAAAGCGAAGAAGAGUCUGGUGUAAAUUUGCCACCUGCUCCAUGUCCUCCUGCAAAACAUCAACGACUCAACGAUUCAGAUGUAUCUCGGAUACAAUGUAAAACUACAUCCAAUGUACGCUCUUCCGAAAAAUCACAAUCAUCGCAAAUUACAAACUCGAGCUCCCAUUCAUCAUUUUUACAAGCUUCGCCUAUUAAUGAAGAUAGGAAUGGAGAUGAUUUCGGUGCUUCAUGUGAAACAGAUGCUGAGGAACAUAUGCCGCGUACUAUUAUUGCUCCAAGAGAGAAAACUCGAGAUGGCUUGAUACAUGCCCAUGGUCGGUCAGACAAUGAAUAUUCGCAUAACAGCCCUAUAAUAAAAGGGAAAAAUCGAAUUAAUUCGACACAUAAUCGGUAUGACACCAUCGAUCCACCAUUGACGCCAUCGAUCGGCUCGAGACAUAAUGACAAUGAUGCGGGAAAAAUUGGCCGAGCUACUAAGAAUAAGUAUACGUACAGAGAAAUUGAAAAGGAAAAGGAAAAUUUUAAUAAUCAAUUUUCACACGCAGAAGGUCCAAUUGGUAAGUAAAGCUGCGUUCGGGAACAUCACGCGGAUGCACACCGGCCGCUGAAAAUUUAUACUAUGCGUUAGGCCUGUUCUACAAUAGAGUCGUAAGC